AUGGGACCCAGUGAUCACACCGUGGAGAUGCAAACAUGUGAUAUGGAGGAAUCUGCAGACGUUCUCAAUUACUGGAUGACAACAUGUGACCCCUCUCUUAAGCUAGUUGUAGGACAGAGAUUUGAAAGUUUAGAAAGUGGAAUUAAAUUUUAUAUAAAGUAUGCUUCAGCAGCUGGUUUUGAUGUGCGCCGCAGUACAGAAAUAAAGAACAAAUAUGGUGUUUCCAUGAAAAAGUAUUUGGUUUGUUCCCGGGAAGGAUAUAAGGAGGCUAAAGAUACAGAUCUAAUGGAAAGUGGAGCACCAACACACCCCAAACGUCGACUUACUUCUAACAGAGUGGGAUGCAUUGCUAAGAUAAUUUUCAGACUAAAUGGGGAGGUGUACGAAGUGGUGUCAUUCGAAGAAAGGCACACACACGAUUUAUGCGGGGACAGUUACAAACCGUUCAUGAAAGUGAAUCGGAAACUAGACAUUGGGCAUCAGCACUUCAUAGCAAACUGUGCUAAAGCUAACAUUUGGCCAAGUAAGACUUUCAACCUGGGGGGGGAUUCACAGAUGGUUCUAUCCAACUACAUUGAAAAGAAGUCAGACUGUGAUGAUUUCUACUUUGAAUAUGAGGUGAAUGAAAAGGAUCAGUUGAGUCGUGUGUUUUGGGCUGAUGGUGUUGCAAGAAAACAGUUUAGCGUAUUCGGAGAAGCCAUGGCGUUUGACGCGACAUACCAAACGAACAAGUACAAGCUAGUGUUUGUUCCAUUUACCGGCGUAGACCACCAUAAGAGAUGUGUUACAUUUGCGGCGGGUUUGAUUGCUAGGGAAGAUGAGGACUCUUACCGUUGGCUUUUAAUCAACUUCAAAAAAGCAAUGGGCAAAACACCACCAAUAACAAUCACCGAUCAAGACCCAGCCAUAAAAGUUGCCAUUGUUAUGGAGUUCCUCGAGACCCGUUAUCGUUUCUGCAUGUGGCAUAUAAUGACUAAAGUUGGGGACAAAGUAGAAGUCGAAAUGGCAAAGAAUACUGAGUUUCGUCGCGCGCUAAACAGUGUUGUGUGGAAUGAAAAUUGUAUGCCUGAAGAGUUUGAGAAUGGUUGGAAUGGUGUUGUGCAUAAAUAUGGGCUACAUGAGAAUGGAUGGUUGAAGCUUAUGUAUGAACAACGUGAAUCAUGGAUACCUGCAUAUUUCCAAGAUAUGUUUAUGGGAGGGUUGUUGCGAAUAACUUCUCGUUCAGAAUCCGAGAACAGUGUUUUCCGAAGUAAUACUAGUAAACAUCUGUGUCUUGUGGAAUUUUUCUAUCAGUUUGAGCGCACAAUCAAUAGGCAACGAAGUAAACAAGCUGAACUAGAUGCCGCUUGCAAUGGCCACCUUCCUGCCCUAAAGACACCGUUGAGUGUAGAGCGAGAAGCAGCGUCAAUAUACACAUUGGCAAUUUUUUACCAGUUGCAGGGAGAAAUAAUAGGUGCAUGUUUCUCCUGCCGAGUGCGAUCAUUUGCAGUUAGCGAACCUACCCGGACAUACGUGAUUGAAGACGAUAAAGGGAAGUCAUACACAGUGGUAGUUGAAAAUGGGAGCAACAACAUCAGUUGCACAUGCCGAAUGUACAGAAGGAUCGGGCUGCUUUGUAGGCAUGCUUUAGUAAUACUGAAAGAUGAGCGGUUUGAUCAUAUUCCACCACAGCACAUCACUCCACGUUGGACACGGGAUGCUGUUCCAAAAACAAGACGUGAUCUGUAUGCGUGCACGCAAGCGGAAGAUUUAUGA